AUGAAUGCGUGGUCUGGCGACGACUGUGAUACAAUGGGACCACCAGUAACUCGCGCAGCAAGUGCUAAUUCUACGAUACCGCCCUUAAAAAAUGGAAGUGAUCUACGUGAAACAGGAUAUUUAAUAGACGUUGGCUCCAGAACCGCUCGGUUUAGAAGAAAACAUAAAAAUAAAAUUGUGUCCAUCGUUUAUUUCAUUCUGCUGUUGCUUCUUUUAUGUAUAGCUGUUACUAUGACAGUACUGUAUGUUAAACAAAAAAACAAGAAGCCUAUUCCCAUAUGUCUUAGUAAAGAGUGUCUCCGAUCAGCUGCUAAUCUUGCCUUAUCGAUGAACACUAAAGCGCACCCAUGCGAAGACUUUUAUCAGUACGCUUGUGGCAAUUGGGCGAAAGAACAUCCUCGUCCUGAUAUAUUCCAGUCUUAUGAUUGGUUUAGAGAUAAACAAACAAAGGUGUAUGCAACUGUAAGGGAUUUUUUGAGUAGAAACACAAGUGACCUACCACGGCCUGUGAAGCAGGCCAAGGAUUUGUAUACUGCAUGUAUGGACACAGAGACAUUGGACAAACGUGGAUUAAAACCAAUUUUAAAAGUAUUAGAAUCAUUGGGAUUACCAGCGUAUCCUACUUUUAUAAAUGCGACUGAAGAUACCGACUACUCAACAUAUUCAUUUGAUUGGUUAGAAGUGGUAAUAAACAUUAAAAUUCAGUUAGGAAUGGAUGUUCUAAUUGGCUUCGAUAUAUUUACUGAUCCUAAAAAUUCGUCCAUUUAUAAGCUCGUUAUGGGAUCUCCAGAAACGACAAAUCCUUUUCCAAGCAUGCGCCACGAGAAAAAACGCCAUAUAGGGCAAAGAAAUUUAGUAACAAAUAAGAUUGAAAGAUAUAAAAAUGAUAAUAUUAAUGUUCAAGAUACUAAAAAUGAUAAAAACUUCGAAAAUGAGGAAAACAAGGAAGAUGAUGAAAAAAUAGCUCAUGUUUCUAAACUUUAUUAUGCGGAACUUAUCAAACUGUUUGUCCUUGAAGAUGCUCCAAAAGAUUCCAAUUUAUCUGAAUUACAAUUAGACCAGAAUAUUUUCUUGGCUGCAAAUGAUUAUCAUAAUUUCAACGAUGAUAUGUAUGAGCUAGAAGCUAAUAAUGACACGUCAAGUGAAGAUGAUGAAUAUCUAGAUGUACCAGAAUACACCGUCUAUGAGAUUCAAGAACACACAGAUAUGAUCGUUAAAGAUAAUAAUGGAACAGCUUCACCGAUAUGGAAACGAUACUUAGAAGGUGUAUUCAAUAUCAGUAAUGUGAAAUUGGAUUUUGACAAUGAUAAAAUUCUUAUAUCUGAUCCUGAUUUAGUGUAUAUGACACUUAUGGCGGCUUAUCUAUCAAAAACUUCUCCUGUUCUCAUAGAACUUUACGUUUGGAUUAAGGUGGUGGAAGUUAUGGCAGCUCAUACUACAACUGAGUUGAGAAUAUUGUUUCAAAGAUCAUAUGAAGCUCUUGGAAACCAUGAUUUAUAUACACCACCUCGCAGCCAACAAUGUGCAAGUGCAGUCAAUGAAAUGCUAGGCAUGGCUGUCUCGUAUGCUAUUGCGGAUCCUCGUUUUUUCUAUAUUACUAAGCCUAAAAUUGAAGUAAUGCUUAGUGAAAUGAAAAAUGCACUUGCCCAUCUAGUGGGUCAAGCUAAAUGGAUGGACGACGAUACAAAACUAGCAACAUAUCAAAAGAUCAUUCAAAUGAAGACUUCUCUAAACUAUGGUUCACUUGGCACUGUACUUGGACAUGAAAUAACUCACGGUUUUGACAACUUUGGUCGCUUGUUCGACAAAAAUGGCAACUUAUUACCGUGGUGGUCGAAUGAUACAAUAAAUUCGUUUGUUAACAAGACGCAAUGUUUUAUCGACCAAUAUUCAUCCUAUUACGUCCCAGAAAUUGAUCAACACGUAGAUGGUAAAAAGACAUUAGGGGAGAAUAUCGCAGACAAUGGUGGAGUUCGGGAAGCACUGGCUGCACUCAGAGAACAUCUUCGUAAAAAUGGCCCUGAACCGAAACUUCCCGGCUUCGAACAUUUAAAUUCUGAGCAACUAUUUUUUUUGUCAUUUGGAAAUUUAUGGUGUGGUGUUUCAACCAAGGAGAUAUUAAAGGCAGAUCUUACUGACGAACAUUCCCCACAGCAGUUCCGAGCACGCGGUGCGCUACAGAACAAUGCUGACUUCGCUAAAAUUUGGAACUGUCCACCUGGAUCACCAAUGAAUCCUUCGAACAAAUGUAUAAUAUUCUGA